CCCAGGCCCUGCAGGAAGCGCGCCCUGAUUGACAGCUGCGCCGGCCCCAAAAGAGCUUCGGCGAAGAUGCUGAUCUGCGGGUGGGUGUAGACACGCUGCCCGCGCGCCUGGUGCCCGCUCCCCUCCGCGCAGUGCCGCCUGCCCGCCGCCGCCCCCCUCGCGCGCGGCCCGGGAGCUCGGAGCAGGACCCCGCCGGCGCGCCAGGCUCCCCAGCACCCCACCGAGGCUGCGUCCGGCCAGGCUCUCGCUACCGCGCUUGGGCCGGCGGGCGCUCGCCCCGGCUCACCAUGCACUGCCACGCGGAGGUGAGGCUGAGCUCGCCCGGCCAGCUCAAAGCAGCCAGGCGGCGCUACAAGACUUUCAUGAUCGACGAGAUCCUGUCCAAGGAGACCUGCGACUACUUUGAGAAACUUUCCCUCUACUCGGUGUGCCCGUCGCUGGUGGUGCGACCCAAGCCCUUGCAUUCCUGUACGGGCUCCGCUUCCCUCCGCGCGUACCCCCUCCUCUCGGUGGUGGCCCGGCAGCCCUCGGUCAUCUCUCACCUGGUGCCCGCCACCACCGGGAUCGCCCCGGCCUUGCCCCGCCACGUGGCCCCCGAGGCUGCAGGCGCAGAGGCCCCGGGCGCCGGCGAGGCCCCGGGCAGCAGCGAGUCGGAGACGGAGCAGCCGGCGCCGCGGCAGAAGAAGCCCCGGCGGAGCCGCACCAUCUUCACGGAGCUGCAGCUCAUGGGCCUGGAGAAGAAGUUCCAGAAGCAGAAGUACUUGUCCACCCCGGACAGGUUGGACUUGGCCCAGUCCCUGGGCCUCACUCAGCUGCAGGUGAAGACGUGGUACCAGAACCGCAGGAUGAAGUGGAAGAAAAUGGUCCUCAAAGGUGGACAGGAGGCACCCACCAAGCCCAAAGGCCGCCCCAAGAAGAACUCCAUCCCCACCUCGGAGGAGAUUGAAGCGGAAGAGAAGAUGAACAGGCAGACCCAGGUGUCCCCAGAGCCCUGCCCGGGUCAGGAGGAGCCUUGCGACCCUCAGGAGCCCCCAGUCUGCGCAGAGCCCCUGGAGGCAGCGGAGCCCCCCGGCCAGCCCCCGGAGCUGCCCACAGCCCUGUCGGCAGAGCCCCCACCGUCCAGCUAAAGAAAAAGCUUUCGCGGGGGACAGGGGAGAAGGCGACGAGAGGAGGCAGGGAGAAAAGGGAGAGAGAAGCAUCCAGACUGGUGGGGGGUGGGGAGAGACUCCCCAGCACCCCCUCCCCGGCCUCUGACCACCUGCCCGUGUGGAAGACUCUGCCUCUGGCCCCUCUUUGCUUUCGCCACACGAUCCCUUGGAUUAAGGGGUGUAGUGCCUUGGAACUGGGGACACAGCUGGGACGUGGGCUUGAGACUGCCCACGGAGCAAAGCCCUUCCUCGGCCUCCACUGAGUUGGGGGGGUGGAGGACCAGGGGCUCUCUCCAGCUGUUUCCCUCCCUGUGAGCCCCCAGGCACUGGUCCUCGAAGCAGAAGCAGAGAUGGGGGAGUAGGGGCAGCCCAUAGCACACCCCCCCCUUCCCGUUCCCAGCUGACUCAGCACUUAUUUCUGUAGUUUUAAAGAGAGAAUUUAA